GAUUUCCUUGUCUGUGUUAGCUCGGGAUGGAGAAGGACCUGCUAAGGGCUGCGAACGCAGAGUUGGAGAAGCGUCAGCUUGUGGAGGCAGAGCUGCUUUAUGGCGAGGUGAUUGAGAAGUGUUCCCAGGACAGGAACUGCAGUAUUGCCGAUCUUGCCACAGCCUUCAAUAAUAGAGGACAAAUCAAAUAUUUCCGGGUGGAUUUCUAUGAGGCAAUGGAUGACUACACAGAAGCAAUCAAAGUUAAUCCUAAUUUUGAAGUCCCGUAUUAUAACAGAGGUUUAGUUUUGUAUCGUCUUGGUUUUUUUGAUGAAGCGAUCAAGGAUUUCCAACAAGUUUUGCAUUUAAAUCCUCAGUUUGAAGACGCAAAGAUAAGUUUAAAACAGAGUCUUCUGGACAAAGAGGAGAAGAGGAGACGCAUUGCUUGCAACUAACAACAAUAUCGGUUAAUACAAUACGCCAAUUCAAAUAGACAUGCUGAAAUUAAAUCUGGUUAGAAGAUGUGAUUGAUUUGUUGGACACUUACCAAUCUUUGAAACCGUACUACCUAGCAGAUCCGAGUCAGAUUUCUUAUCUUGUUGAUAUGUGCCAAGAUGCAAUAUUGGCAACUGAAAUGACAAUGACGUGACUUGCAGCCAGGCAGAUUGUGGUUGUAGGACACAGUGAUGACUAAACUCGGUGCCUCGGGUGAUUUCCCAUAAUCUUGUGGAAUCAUUUUCUAAUCGUAAAUUCUUUUGGAGGCUUUGUACGAUUGUAGAAAUCAGUCUAUCACACCAUAAUAAUCUGCAACAAUGCCUCCAUAGACUAUGCAAAAAAAAUAAAUGAGAAAACAAUAAAAACUACCAGGUAAAAUAA